CAUUUAGUAUAAACUUCAACGGCAGGCUGUCAUUUUCGUUUGUUUGGUGUUGAAUGUUUAGUUGCGAUUUGCGAUUUUAGGUGAAAAUAUUAACAAUUUUAUAGGUAACUCUCUGUUGUUGACUUUAUCAUUCUUAUUUACAAUGAGCCAAAAACGUUUUCGUUCUAUUAACUGGGAUGAAGAAGAAAAGCAGUUAUUUCGCUCCGUGCUCAAGGAAUAUGCGCAAAUUAUUGAAAAUAAAUCCGUAGAUACAAACACAAAUAAACUAAAAAUUAACGCAUGGGAGCAAGUUCAUAUUAAGUUUAAUGAAUUAAAUAGCCGAUCUCGAGAUCUAAACCAAUUAAAAAUACAGUGGAAAACCAUGAAGAUAAAUGCACGGAAGACAUGCAGCACCUUUAAAAAGGAAGUUAACAAAACAGGUGGUGGGGCAAGACCAGCGACUCCUAAUGAGGCAAUAAUUGAAAUAAAAGACCUAUUAAAUCCUGCGGAGCUGUUAAUAGAUCAUAAUAUAUAUGACUCGGAUGGAGUUACUGUUGGAGAAUUAGAACCAACCCUCAUUGAUUCAAAACAUGUAGAAAAGGAGCAAAGUCUCCCACUACUGGACACAGCUGGAAUAAAAGCCCAGAUAAUUCAAGAAGAUGCCACUGUAGCGACUCCAAUUGCAAAAAAGGUUGAUUCAAUUCCAGCGAAGGACGUAAAACGAAAAAUUCCAACAAAUAAUAUUGUGCACAGCAGUAAGAAGCCCAAAAAGGACCAUGAGGACUACGUCAACAACAUGCUAAGGCAUAGCAAAAUGCUUAAGGAUGAUGAACACUUAAGAAAAAUGGAAAUGGCUGAGGAAGAGCACAAAAUUAAAAUGGAAAUUCAUAGAGAAAAAUUACAAUCUGCCAUAUUAGAGAGGGAAAUUUUGGAAUUGAAAAAGGCCCGUGAAGUUCUCAAUCCUUAGUUUAUUAUGUAUAAGUUACGUUAAUUUGUCUAAUUAUAUAUUUUUUAUAGAACGAGU